CUUCGAGAAACUUUCGGAGGCACUUCCAGCAAGCAUCCAUGGCCACGUCUUUGACGACGGGAAGCCUAAUGCAAGGGCAGCUUGUUACAGGACGACAUGGCGUCACUGGUUCUGUAGCAUCCUUCAGAUCAGUGAGGAAUGUGCAGUCACAUGGCCAUCUCAAGGCAAACUAUAGGAAAGCUUUAGGUCCAUCGUGCAGCAGCACUGCAGCCGCAGGCUCUUACGAUGUUACAGAUCGGACCACGCUGAAGCGCUAUGCCAAAAGGGCAGUGUACGAUCGUGCAGUGGUGCAUGCCAUUCUAGACGAGGCAUUUGUCUGCCAUAUUGGCUUCGUGGUCGAUGGCCAGCCCUUCGUUAUCCCCACAGGGUAUGCACGUGAUGGCGACGUCCUCUACUUCCAUGGCUCAGUUGGGAGCAAGAUGCUGCGCGCUUUGGAGUCCGGGGCAGAUAUCUGCGUCACUGUCACGUUGCUGGAUGGCCUUGUGCUGGCACGGUCCCAAUUCAACACUGACAUGAAUUACAGGUGCGUGGUGAUUCUGGGGAAAUCUCGGUCAGUGAGCGACCCUGAGGAGAAGGCUUCGGCGCUGCUCAAGCUGACGGAGCACAUCAUCCCCGGCCGCACGCAGCAUGCGCGCGCAGCCAACGACCGGGAGCUGUCACAGACUGCCGUCCUAGCCAUCGACCUCAAUGAGGUCUCUGCAAAGGCAAGCGCCGACAAGAAUACAAACGACGAUGAUGAGGACUAUGUGCUGCCAAUCUGGGCAGGAAGGGUGCCGCUGAAGCUUGUGCCUGGCACCCCAGAGCCGGACCCGCGACUAGAUCCGGCGUAUGCAGAUGACAUUCCCGAGUACAUCCUGCCAUACAAGCGCCCCACAGAGAAAGUGUGA